GAUUGAUUUACACACUGAAGUAACAUACAUGUAAAAGAACUCGAAAUAAUUUAGGUCCGCUGGUUUGAGACCAGUGAAUUUUUAAUCUGAGCAAGAGCAUUGUAAAGGGUAAAUGUCUUUUUUCAGUGUUUCUAAUGCAUUAAGAAAUACAUUUCUAGUCUGACAAGUUAACCUGACAGGGUUAUGAGUCCAAGUUUGAUUGUUUCUUGUUUCGUUAUGUUGUACUUUUAUGUAAUACAUAAUAUACAUGUAAACAAAAUUAUAAAAAUAUUACUUAUAUUGACUUUAUUAUGGUCUUCAUGGCAAUGUAAGACAGUGAAAGUACUAAAUUGAGCUAAAAUUUAAGAUAAUAGCCCGAAUGACAAGUGGAUUUUUUUUUUCUAGAUAUGUUGUACGUUAUAUACAUGUAUCUGGAAAACGUGUCGACAAAAUAUGGCAAAUGCUAUCACGUGUCCUGGGCAUUCAAAUCACAAUAUCUAAAGAUGGACCCCCGCACUAGUGCCCAGGACGUGAUGCGAUGUGACCUGUGUGAGACCGCUGUGGUACAGAUGCACUGUGAUACAUGUCUUGUUAACCUUUGCACAGCUUGCAUAGGAAAACAUAUCCUAACAGGUGAAUCUAAAGAUCACAAAGUUGUCAAAUUUCAGGACAGGAAAUCCACCCUCCUCUACCCCGAAUGUACAACUCAUAACAAAGAACGAUGUAAAAUGCACUGUAAACAAUGUAAUAUUCCUGUCUGCAUCAGCUGCAUUGAAUCCAAUCAACAUUUAGGGCAUGAAUUAUCUAAUAUCUUGCGAAUUUUGGAUAAAAAGAAGGACAUUUUUAAAAAGGAAAGAAAUGAAUUAAAUGAAACAAUUUAUCCAACCUACCAGGACAUUGCCUCUGAUGUACAAAACAAAAUCAGUCAGUUAGAAAAGGAAUAUGGAGAUCUCUCAACAGCCAUAACAAAACAUGGAGAGGACUGGCACAGAGAAAUUGACAAACUUGUUAAUGAACUUAAAGCUGAAGUUGAUGUGAUGAAAAACACACAGUUACAAACUCUACAGAAAUAUCUGGAUGAAAUAAACAAGACAAUGUCUGACAUCAAGGAUGAAAUAGAUUCAAUUGAAAUGGCUAUAGACACUAAUGACUUGUCAAACCUGUUUACUAUAACAUCCAAUGUACAAAGAUACAGAAAUCUUCCAUCCAGAAUUAUGCUAUCUUUACCCAAAUUCAUUCCAAGAAAACUCCAAGGAGAAGAAUUAACAAAACUAUUUGGAUCCCUAUCAUCAAGAUCUUUAACCUCAGAUAAACAUGGCUACAGCAUGAAGACAACACAGAAAUCACCAGAAGCUGGAUCCUCUCCUCCGGUCAAACAGCUGCUUGAUCAACCAAAGACUGUCACCACCAUAGACACUGGGUACAGGGAACUUUACAAUGUGACCUGUCUGAGUGAUGAAGAAAUCUGGACAAGUGGAUUUGACAGCACCAUGAAACUCUACAGCAUCAAUCAGGGAUCACUACUCAAGUCAAUCACAACCAAGUCAGGGAACGGACCACAGGACAUAGCAGUGACAAAAAGUGGAGAUCUAAUUUAUACUGAUUCCUGGGAUAAAACUGUGAACAUUGUGAACAAUGAGAAGAUAGAGGAGGUGAUCAGACUAAAGAACUGGAGACCUUACGGUGUCUGUAGUACCUCCUCUGGUGACUUCCUGGUUAUCAUGGACAGUGAUGACAACAAACAAUCAAAAGUUCUCCGUUACUCUGGCUCCACAGAGAAACAAACCAUUCAGUUUGAUGAUAAAGGUAAACCUCUCUAUUCAUUUCGUCAUUAUGACAUACACUACAUAACUGAGAACAGGAACCUGGAUAUCUGUGUAUCUGACAGUGGAGCUAAAGCAGUAGUGGUGGUCAAUCAGGCCGGGAAACUGAGAUUCAGGUACACUGGAUAUACUCCUGCUCCAAAGAACAAACCAUUCAGUCCACGAGGAAUCACCACAGACAGUCAGAGUCACAUCCUUACAGCUGAUGAUAACAAUCACUGUGUCCACAUCAUAGACCAGGAUGGACAGUUCCUCCGUUACAUAGACUGUGGACUGAGUAGACCCUGGAGACUGUGUAUAGAUACAAAUGACAAUCUGUUUGUUGCUCAGUGCUUAAACAAACAAGUGAAAAAAAUCAAAUAUUUGUAUUCAAUAUAAAUAAUAAAGUAAGCCAAUAUUACAGAUA